AUGGCGCAGCAAUCGCUGAUCUACAGUUUCGUGGCUCGGGGCACGGUGAUCCUCGUCGAGUUCACUGAUUUCAAAGGCAAUUUCACCUCCAUCGCGGCACAGUGCCUCCAGAAGCUUCCUUCCUCGAACAACAAGUUCACCUACAACUGCGACGGCCACACGUUCAACUACCUCGUCGAAGAUGGAUUCACGUACUGUGUUGUUGCGGUUGAUUCUGCUGGGAGGCAGAUCCCGAUGGCAUUUCUGGAGAGAGUGAAAGAGGACUUUAACAAGCGAUACGGUGGGGGCAAGGCUGCAACUGCUCAGGCAAACUCCUUGAACAAAGAGUUUGGCUCGAAGCUGAAAGAGCACAUGCAGUACUGUAUGGAUCAUCCUGACGAGAUCAGCAAGCUUGCUAAGGUGAAGGCGCAAGUGUCAGAAGUUAAGGGUGUUAUGAUGGAGAACAUCGAGAAGGUUCUUGACCGUGGUGAGAAAAUUGAGCUUUUGGUGGACAAAACCGAGAACCUUCGCUCACAGGCACAAGAUUUCAGAACAACGGGGACGCAGAUGAGAAGAAAGAUGUGGCUCCAGAACAUGAAGAUAAAGCUCAUAGUACUCGCCAUCAUUGUCGCACUGAUUCUCAUCAUUGUGCUCUCAGUUUGCCAUGGCUUCAAGUGUUAA